UAAUGCGCUCAAAAUGAGUUACUUACGGGAAAAUACUUGACGUGUGUUUUUAAGCAUCAUACUAGUGAAAUUCAGUUCACGGGCGCGUUUUAUCAGUUUUCAAUGAAGAUUCGUGAACAUCGACCAUGUUUAUCCAUAAAUCCAAAGGCAAUCAUAACAAUAAGAAUGAAGAAUCCAGCGACAAUGAAUCUGAAGAAGAUACCGGCGAUUUGUUACAGAGACGCCGAGAAGAAUGCGAGAGAAAAGCGAGGAGGGGGGAGAUGGACCCCCGGCUGGAAUUCACCUUCCAGCUCCUCAUGGACGGCACCGGUCUUCCUCGAUCCGACAUUAUGGAUCACGUGUUCGAUGGAAAUAUGCUGGAUGAGAUAAAUCAAUUAUUCCUACCCCAUAUGAGGAACAAGUUACUAUGGUUCUAUCAGGAAGUUGAGGAGUGUGAAUCACCACCACCUGUAGACACGACAAAAUCUCAGUCAAACAGGCUAGCCUCAGUGCUCCCCAAAUUGCAGGGGUCAGCAGUUGCAGCUCACCCGAAGAAGAAACUUUUUUUGACUGAUGGCUGGCAAGUUGAACUGACUGGCAUUGCCAUUUACAUGUUCCGUUUGAAUACUGGCAAACAACUUCCUGAGGAAGGAUUUCACAAGGAUUUAUUUUGCGGCAUAAUUGAUGGAGCACAAAUUGGUCUUGUCACGUCAGUCCAACGCAUUAUGGAGUGUGUUUUUAUGGAGGCCUUGGCGCAUCCUGCAUUUGAUGAGGAUGAAGAAAGCAGUUGUCCAAUGCUCAAAAAUCAAUUGUUACCAGGACUACGAUCUUUUUGCAGUGCACUGAAAGUUUGUGAAGAAGUUUGCGAUGAACCAAACAUUUUUGAUGACGGCUUAGUGUUAAUGGAAAGUGUAAACUCUAUUAAUGAAGCAAAAGUUUUGGCCAAGGAUCAAGAUCAAGUAGCUGCUUUAGAAGAGAGGGUCAUCAAUUGGAUGAAGAAAGUCCAAGAGGUUCUGAUGGAGAGUGAACAGCUACGUAAAGAGAAUGACUCAAGUGGUCCCCAGGAUGAAUUGGAGUACUGGAAGAAAAGAGGAGCUCGUUUCUCACAAAUCGUCAUGUACCUGCAAGACAAAGAGGUACAAAUGACCCUGCAAUGUCUGUUGAUUUCACGUUCAAAAGUCAUAAAACAGUGGCGCGAAACUGACAUGAAAAUAACAUUUUGUUAUAAUGAAGCACGGGACAAUGCAAAGUUCAUACAAGCCAUGGAAAAGUGUUGUCAUUCUCUAUAUUUGCAAGAUCCUGUUAGAUUAAAAGAUUCAGUUUUAAGUCUUCUUCAAACUGUUCGGCUGAUUCAUAGUGUGUCGCAAUAUUACAACACUUCUGAAAGAAUAUCAUCACUCAUGGUUAAGAUUACAAAUCAAAUGAUAGAAACUUGCAAACAAUACAUAACUUGCCGUGGGCAAGAAACAAUUUGGACACAAGAUAGGAAUGAAAUUCGUCAAAAACUUUAUGAUUGCAUUCGUUUGAAUAAGUUUUACCAUAAUACCUACACCUUAAUAAAAAAUCAGCCAUUUAUACCAAAUCAAUCUAGAUUUGGAUUCUCAGAAAAUUAUGUGUUUGGAAAAUUUGAUGCCUUCUGUGAUCGACUCAGCAAGAUAAUUUCAAUGUUUGACCUAGUUGAUGAUUAUCAUUCAUUAUUUGAACGGCGAAUGGAAGGAUUGCUCUUAGGAGAAGCUCUAGAGGAUGCCAUGAAAGUUUUCAAUGAUGCCAAAGCUAGCGUCACAUCAAAGGAAUAUGAUUAUUUAGAUCAGAGAAAUGAUGAAUUUGACGAAGAUUUUGAAUUCUUCAUCGGAAAAACAAAUGAGUUGAAGCAAAAAAUUGGCACGACUAUUGAGGAUAACUUUCAAAGUGUGUGGGAAAGUCCUCAAGGCAUUUGCUUCUUGACAAGGUUCGAAAAGGUUAGUGAAAAAAUACCACUGUCUAAGUUGAAUGAAAAAUAUACCCGAGUUUUGAAGUAUUGUGACCAAGAAAUAGAGAGGAUUCUUAAAUUAUUUCGACAGCAAAAGGAUGAUCCAAUUCUUGCGAGAAACUUUCCUCCUGUCGCUGGUCGGAUAAAAUGGGCUCGCUCCCUUCAUUUUCACCUCGAAGAUUUAGUGAAAAAAGUGUCAGUCCAUCCAGUUCUUAAGACACUUCCACAAACAGCUGAAUUAACGCGGAAAUACAAUUUUGUUGCUACAACUUUGUUGAAUUAUCAGAGUGACAUGAAGAACAUUUGGAUGAAUCACAAUGUCUGGGUUGUUGACGAGUGCUUGAAUAAAUCGCUUUUAGACAUUAGUGAUGAUUCUGGACAACUUGUUGUGAAUUUGGAUAAAAGAAUCACACUACUCAUCAGGGAAGCGGAUUGUUUUUAUAAGAUGGGUCUUCCUGUGCCUGUUGUGACACAUACUCUCUAUGCUAAACGAGACUAUUUCACCCUGGUGACGGAUUCCUUACAAUUUUUAUUGAACCAAAUUUUGAAGUCUGUAAGAAGAGUAAAAUUAGAAGUCCGGCCCCUGUUUUUGCCACAAUUGAUGCACCUAGUAGCACUUCUACAACCAGGAUUGCACAGCUUAUCAUGGACAGAUCGGAAAUGGAAUGAGUUUGUGAAAAACACCUCAGAUGCUAUUCGUGACUUUGAUGUCUUAGUCACUCGAGUUCAUGAUAUCUACACAAAUAGAAUACUUCAGGUAUUAAUGUCAAUGCAAACAGUAACACUUCAUGCAUUGCCAGAAGAAGAGCCAUGGACAGUAGAAGAGUUUUUGCAGCAGGCACAAAUUGCCUGUAGGAAUGCUGCUUUGGAAUUGAAUAGAAAGAGUAAGAUGGUGGAAGAAGCCGUCGAAGAGGUUCUAGAGCUUGUGCGAAAGGCAGCUGAAGCACACAGAUCAGCUGAUGGGAAUGAUAUUUUUGACCUUGUUCUGAAUGGUGUUGAGGAGGCAGGAAGUACAACAGGGGGAGCUGGAGGAGGGAAUGUGACACCAGCCAGUCAACAGCAACAACAGGACUGGUCAGCUGUCUGGGAGUUCUUUGAAAACCCUUGCUCACUCUUACUAGGAGGUGGAGUCUUGUCCAAGUCUAUGCAAGAGGCUGUUUGUAAUGCUAUCUCCGAAAUGAGACGAUACUACAGUCGCAAAGUUGUAGAUGUACUCAUCCGAGUCACCAGGUCCUCAUUAGAAUGUCUCCGUAAACGAUUUACCUCUGAGCAAGGUGGACCUCCUGUCUUCAUCCUCCAAUCUCACUUGAUGAUUCCGAAUGUAGUUGUCAAGCCCAGUCUGGAAGAAGUCCAAGAAGCCCUCAUUGCAGCAGGAAAGCACAUUAGUGGAGUGGCGAAAGGGGUUAGUCAGUGGACAGCAGGCAAAGCAAGACAGCCACCGUCUAAAUGGACUCGAAUAGGCAAAGUUGAGCCCAUCUCUAACACUGCUUUGACUUCAGUUGUAUCUAAUCUUGAUCAGGAAACUGGUGGGAAAGCAUGGCCUAAUGUCAGCGGAGACGCAAAAGCACGGAGGCGAAAAAUGUAUCGACUGAUUUCCGAGGACAAGCCAAGUUUCCCCCUCCAGUCACGGAAUUUUUUCAAUCAUGUAAUGGAAAACAAAGAAGUAAUGAAAGCUCUAUCUUUACUCUCCAUUAGCUCUCAAAAAAUAAAACCAGUCAUAACAGAGUUCCUUGAAAGCUGGUCUCCGUACAAAUUUUUAUGGGAAAAUGUUAUGAGUAAGAAAGCAGCUCAUACCAUCGGACUAGUUGAGGCAGAGGCUUCUCUUCGUAGACACAAUGAGCUGGAAAGUGAAUUGAAUAUAGUUCCUGACUUGUACACCUUUCGAUCCUGUCUGGUUGUAUCUGUAGAGAAACUAAAAUUUGGCCUGUUGACGGAAAUAAAAACUUGUAAUCAUAGAUUAGGGAACGCGUUGAAAAAAAAGUUUCAUCGUGAAAUGGACUAUGUUUAUGCUGUGAUAAAUGAAAUGGACCGAAAAUUAGACAAGCCAAUUAGAGAUUUAGACGAUGUCCGCUUAAUCAUGGAAACUCUGAAGAAGAUCAGAGAACAAGAAGUAGACAUGGAAUUGAAAAUUGAGCCGAUUGAAGAAGCGUUCAAUGUGAUCACACGUUAUGACUUACCAAUUGACCGAGAAGAUCUUGAGCAAGUAGAUAACUUAAGAUAUGCAUGGCAACGUCUUCUUGCUCGAGCAAUGGAUGUAAACAUCCUUCUAUUGACAAUGCAACCGCAUUUAGAGGCAGAUCUGCGGAGAAAUCUCGAUAGAUUCAGGCAGGAUAACAUUGAUUACUGCCACGAGUAUCGUACCUCUGGGCCUAUGGUACCUGGAUUGUCUCCAAGAGAAGCAUCUGAUAGGCUAAUACUGUUUCAGAAUCGAUUUGAUGGCAUGUGGCGAAAAUUGCAAACUUACCAGAGUGGAGAGGAGUUAUUUGGGCUUCCACAAACUGAUUAUCCAGAGCUGGCACAAAUUCGUAAGGAGCUGAAUCUUUUGCAGAAGUUGUAUAAACUUUACAAUGAUGUGAUUGACAGAGUCAGCGGAUAUUAUGAUAUUCCCUGGGGUGAAGUUAACAUUGAAGAAAUUAACAAUGAGCUGAUGGAAUUUCAGAAUCGUUGCCGAAAAUUACCGAAAGGAUUAAAAGAGUGGCCAGCCUUUCAUGCUCUGAAAAGAACAAUCGACGAUUUUAAUGAUAUGUGUCCGUUAUUGGAAUUAAUGGCAAAUAAAGCAAUGAAACCGAGACAUUGGCAGCGAAUCAUGGAGGUAACAAAGUACACUUUUGAACUCGAUAGUGAAGGUUUCUGUCUCAAAAAUAUACUUCAAGCCCCAUUGUUGAAGUGUAAAGAAGAUAUUGAGGACAUAUGUAUAUCAGCAAUGAAAGAGAAGGAUAUUGAAGCAAAAUUAAGACAAGUGACAAAUGAAUGGUCUGUUCAUGAGCUGACGUUCAUGUCUUUCAACAACCGUGGUGAACUUUUAUUACGAGGGGACACCACUGCUGAGACCAUCAGUCAGUUGGAAGAUAGCUUAAUGGUUCUUGGGUCCCUCUUAUCAAACAGGUAUAAUGCACCAUUCCGUAAACAAAUUCAACAAUGGGUGUUUGACCUGUCCAACACAAAUGAAAUAUUAGAACGCUGGCUGCUAGUACAAAACAUGUGGGUUUACCUGGAGGCUGUUUUUGUCGGUGGAGACAUUGCAAAACAGUUGCCAAAAGAAGCCAAAAGAUUCAGCAAAAUUGAUAAAUCUUGGCAGAAAAUCAUGCAGAGGGCUCAUGAAACUCCGGGCGUUGUUUCUUGUUGUGUUGGCGAUGAUAUGUUGAAACAACUUCUUCCGCAUUUACAAGAGCAGUUGGAACUUUGUCAGAAGUCUCUUAGCGGGUACCUGGAAAAGAAGCGGAUGAUGUUCCCUCGCUUUUUCUUCGUUUCGGAUCCUGCCUUGCUGGAAAUUCUAGGUCAAGCCUCUGACUCGCAUACCAUUCAAAACCAUCUGCUCUCAAUUUUUGAUAACACCAGAUCUGUGAAGUUUCAUGACAUUGAGUACAACAAAAUGACAGCCAUUAUAUCAUCAGAAGGAGAAACAAUUCAACUGGAAAGAGCGGUCCGUGCUGAGGGGAGCGUUGAGACUUGGUUGACAUCACUGUUGCAAACAUCUCAAGCCUCACUUCAUUCCAUAAUCCGGACCGCGUACAGCAACAUUAAUGAUCCCAAUUUCCAACUCCUAUCUUUUCUAGAUAAAAUGCCGUCUCAGGUCGGUAUUUUAGGAAUCCAGAUGAUAUGGACUCGUGAUUCAGAGUCAGCCUUAAUUCAAGCUCGUUCUGACAAGAAGCUCAUGCCGGAAACAAACAACAAAUUUUUAGAACUUUUGAAUACAUUAAUUGAUCAAACCACUCGUGACCUAACACGCAUUGAAAGGACCAAAUUUGAAACACUCAUCACAAUUCAUGUUCAUCAGCGAGAUAUUUUUGAUAUUUUGUGUCGUUUGAAUGUCCGAUCGGUUAAUGAUUUUGAGUGGUUGAAACAAUGUCGCUUUUAUUUCAAAGAAGACAUGGACAAGACUUGGAUUGCUAUCACUGAUGUAACAUUCACGUAUCAGAAUGAAUAUCUUGGAUGCACAGAACGUUUGGUCAUCACACCACUAACUGAUCGGUGUUACAUCACCUUAGCACAAGCAUUGGCUAUGAGUAUGGGUGGUUCUCCAUGUGGUCCAGCAGGGACUGGAAAAACUGAGACAGUUAAGGACAUGGGAAAAACUUUAGCAAAGUACGUCGUGGUAUUCAACUGUUCUGAUCAGAUGGACUAUCGAGGCCUGGGAAGAAUUUACAAAGGGUUGGCUCAGUCUGGAUCAUGGGGAUGCUUUGAUGAAUUCAAUCGGAUAGAACUACCAGUUCUUUCUGUUGCAGCUCAACAGAUAGCUGUAGUUCUUGCAGCUAAAAAAGAAAAAAAGAAGCAGUUUGUAUUUACUGACGGUGAUAUGAUCGAUCUUUGUUCUGAGUUUGGAAUUUUUAUUACGAUGAACCCUGGAUACGCAGGACGCAAAGAACUACCCGAAAAUUUAAAAAUACAAUUUAGAACAGUAGCCAUGAUGGUUCCUGAUCGGCAAAUUAUCAUCAGAGUGAAACUCGCAAGUUGUGGUUUUCUUGAAAAUAUUACUCUUGCUCGUAAAUUUUACACCCUGUACAAACUUUGUGAGGAGCAACUCACCAAGCAGGUCCAUUAUGACUUCGGUUUGAGAAACAUUCUAUCAGUUCUUCGAACUCUAGGAGCUGCUAAAAGAAUCAACUCAAAAGAUUCAGAGUCAACCAUCGUCAUGAGAGUGUUGCGUGACAUGAAUCUUUCAAAACUCAUUGAUGAAGACGAGCCAUUAUUCAUUUCCUUGGUUGCGGACUUGUUCCCGAAUCAGGUUCUUGAGAAAACAUCAUAUCCACAGCUUGAAACUGCCAUUGCUGAGCAAACAGAGCAAGCCGGUCUCAUUUAUCAUGCUCCAUGGGUACUGAAAUUAAUUCAGUUGUAUGAAACGCAGAGAGUCAGGCAUGGAAUCAUGACUCUGGGUCCGGCAGGAGCCGGAAAAACAAUGUGUAUUCACAUUUUAAUGAAAGCACUGACUCUUUGUGGAGAACCACACAGAGAAAUGAGAAUGAAUCCAAAAUCUAUAACAGCUGCUCAGAUGUUCGGGCGACUAGAUGUUGCUACCAAUGAUUGGACCGAUGGCAUAUUUUCAGCUCUGUGGAGAAAAACCUUAAAAUUAAAACCUGGUGAAUACGUUUGGCUCGUUCUUGAUGGUCCUGUCGAUAGUAUUUGGAUCGAAAAUUUAAAUUCUGUUUUGGAUGACAAUAAAACUCUUACUCUAGCUAAUGGGGAUCGUUUACCAAUGGCUGCAACUUGCAAAAUUAUUUUUGAGCCUCACAACAUCGACAAUGCGUCUCCAGCAACAGUAUCUCGGAAUGGAAUGGUCUACAUGAGCUCAUCUGGGCUUGACUGGUGUCCUGUGCUAGCUGCAUGGUUAAAAACACGCUCAAGCCGAGAACAAUCUGUUUUUCAACAUCUUUUUGAUGAGUCAUUUGGACAGCUCUACACGUGGUCCCAACAUAAUCUCAAUUUAACAAUGAAAGUUCUUCAAAUAAACAUCGUUCAACAGGUAUUGAUCUUACUGCAAGGAUUAGUGCCCAUUGAAACGGACACUGAGUCAGCUGAACGAACGGAGGAAAAACCUGUUGAAGUGGAGGAAGACGGCAAAGAUAAAAAGGACAUUGUCAUGCAGUUGUCUGUAGAACAUCUCCAAAAACUGUAUGUAUUUGCGCUGGUUUGGUCAAUGGGAGCUCUUUUAGACUUAAGUGACAGAAAAAAAUUAAACGAAUUCUUCAAAGAUAAGUUAACAGUCUUAGAUUUGCCUCCAAUUCCUGGAUCUUCUUCGCUAACGGUGUUUGAUUACUUUGUUACCGAUGAAGGGAAGUGGGAGCUUUGGACAGCAAUGAUCUCCAGUUACUCAUACCCUGAGUCAAGCACACCAGAUUACAGUUCAAUAUUAGUUCCAAUCGUAGACAACGUUCGCACCGGCUACUUGAUCCAUUGUAUAGCCAAGCAAGAGAAAGCUGUCCUUUUAAUCGGAGAACAAGGCUCGGCCAAGACUGUAAUGAUGAAAUCAUACAUGAAAAAAUCAAAUCCUGAGCAGCAUCUCAGUCGGUCUUUUAAUUUUUCCUCUGCGACAAGCCCAUACCAAUUCCAGAAAACGAUUGAAAGCUACGUGGAGAAAAGAAUGGGUAAUACCUUUGGUCCUCCAGGAGGUCGGAAAAUGACAGUAUUCAUUGAUGACAUUAAUCUCCCACAGAUCAACGAGUGGGGUGAUCAGGUCACCAACGAAAUUGUUCGCCAAACAAUGGACAUGCAUGGAUUUUACAGUUUGGAAAAACCUGGUGAAUUCACUACACUGGUGGAUAUUCAGUUUGUCGCUGCAAUGGGCUUACCAGGUGGAGGCCGUAAUGACAUUCCAUCUCGACUCAAACGCCAGUUCUGCGUUUUUAACUGUCCUUUACCGACCGAUGAAUCAAUUGACAAAAUAUUUCGCGUUGUUGGAGAAGGUCACUAUAAUGCAAAAAGAGGUUUCAGCAUAGAUGUCCGAAAUUUAGUCAAGAAAUUGAUUCCUCUCACCCGGAUGUUAUGGCACAAAACAAGAGCUGUUCUCUUACCUACUCCAGCAAAGUUCCACUAUGUAUUCAGCUUAAGAGAUUUAUCUCGCAUAUGGCAAGGGAUGGUCGGCACACUCAGUACUGUCAUCGAUUGUGAGGCUACCCUCAUGCUUUUAUGGAAACAUGAGUGCACCCGGGUUUUUUCUGAUAGAUUCACCCUGGUUUCCGAUAAAGACUGGUUUGAUAACACUUUACUGACAGUAACAGAGGAAGUUUUAGGUGGGAACUAUCGUGAAAUGGCCCUUCCUAAUCCUGUAUUUGUGGACUUCAUGAGAGAUGCCCCUGAACCCACAGGAGAAGAGGGAGAAGAGGCUGAUAUGGAACUGCCAAAAGUCUAUGAACCAGUCACUAAUCUCAAUGAAUUGCGAGAGAGAUUGGACAUGUUUUUGUCUCAGUUUAAUGAGAUGGUGCGAGGUGCUGGAAUGGACCUUGUGUUCUUCCCAGACGCUAUGCUUCAUUUGAUAAAAAUAUCUAGAGUGAUUCGUCAUCCAAGAGGUAAUGUAAUGUUAGUUGGUGUCGGAGGAUCUGGAAAACAGUCCCUCACUCAACUGGCGUCUUUCAUCGCUGGAUACAAAACGUUCCAGAUCGCUCUCACAAGAUCUUAUAAUGUUGGAAACUUCCUGGAGGAUCUUAAAUUGUUGUACCGUACAUGUGGUGUUCAAGGGAAAGGCACUACGUUCAUUUUUACUGACCUUGAUAUCAAAGAAGAGGGCUUCUUGGAAUACUUAAACAAUAUUUUGUCCUCCGGAGUGAUCUCAAACUUAUUCACACGAGAUGAACAGCAGGAAAUUAUAUCUGAGCUGACUCCAAUUAUGAAAAGAGAAAAUCCAAAACGAACUCUAACGCAUGAAAAUGUGAUGGAAUUCUUCCUCUUCAGAACCUGUCAAAACUUGCACGUGGUUUUUUGCUUCUCACCGGUUGGUGAAAAAUUCCGCAACAGAGCUCUCAGAUUUCCAGCCCUUGUCUCUGGUUGCACCAUCGACUGGUUCCAGCCAUGGCCUAAAGAUGCUUUAGUCCUAGUAGCAGAGCAUUUUUUGACAGACUUUGAAAUAGAAUGUUCAAAGCAAGUGAAAGUGGAGCUAGUCAAUGCCUUAGGGUCUAUCCAAGAUGUGGUGACUAUUACGUCCUCAGAGUAUUUUCAAAGAUUUCGACGUGCCACUCAUGUCACACCAAAAUCAUACCUGAACUUCAUCGGUGGUUAUAAGAAUAUUUAUCAACAAAAGCAACAUGAGUUGGGCGAAGGGGCUCACCGCAUGGACACUGGUUUGGCCAAGCUUGAGGAGGCAUCUCAUUCAGUUGAGAUUUUAAAACAAGACCUGGCUAUUAUGGAGCAAGAGCUGGCUCAAGCCUCUCAAAAAGCUGAAACUGUUUUGAUUGAAGUCACAGAGCGAGCCAUGCAAGCUGAGCGAGUAAAGAAUCAAGUGAUGAAAGUCAAAGAGAAAGCUGAGGCGCUUGUUGAAUGCAUUGCAAUUGAGAAAGGUCUUGCAGAAGAAAAAUUAGAGGCAGCCAAACCAGCACUUGAAGAGGCCGAAGCAGCCCUGAAUACAAUUAAACCAGCACAUAUAGCAACUGUGCGAAAACUUGGACGUCCUCCCCACUUAAUCAUGCGUAUAAUGGAUUGUGUAUUAAUUCUGUUCCAACGUAAACUUCAUCCAGUCAUUGGAGAUACUGCUGCUCCUUGUCCAAAACCAUCAUGGGCUGAGUCUCUAAAGAUGAUGGCCAGUACGACUUUCCUUCUCCAACUCCAGAACUAUCCCAAAGACAUAAUCAACAAUGAAAUGGUGGAGCUCCUCCAGCCAUAUUUUGAAAUGGAAGACUACAAUAUGGAUACGGCUAAACGCGUCUGCGGUGAUGUUGCUGGACUUUUGUCAUGGACAAAAGCCAUGGCCUUCUUCCACAGUGUCAACAAGGAAGUUCUACCACUGAAAGCAAACCUCACCCGUCAAGAAGCACGACUGAAAGUUGCCAUGGAGGACUUGAAUAAUGCAGAAAUGGAGCUGGCCGAUCGGGAAUCUGCACUUAAUCAGGUGAAAGCGCAAUACGAUGCUGCAGUCUCGGAGAAGCAACGCUUGACGGACGCAGCUAAUGUUUGUAUCCGAAAGAUGACAGCAGCCACAGCCCUCAUUAACGGCCUUGGUGGAGAGAAGAUUCGCUGGACGCAACAGUCUAAGGAAUUCAAAAAGCAAUUAGGUCGACUUGUAGGUGAUGUUGUGUUGGCAACAGGCUUUCUCUCUUAUUGUGGUCCGUAUAACCAAGAGUUCCGUGCAGGUUUGGUGAAGCAAUGGAUGCAAAUUUUGAAAACUCGCUCAAUACCUUUCACGCAUCAUCUGAAUAUCACAACAAUGCUAAUCGAAACUGGGACUAUUUCUGAGUGGACUUUACAAGGUCUACCUAAUGAUGAACUCUCAGUUCAGAAUGCAUUGAUUGUGACCAAGUCAAGUUCGUAUCCCUUGUUAGUUGACCCCCAGAAUCAAGGCAAGAUGUGGAUUAAGAAUAAAGAAGCAUCCAAUGAGCUCCAAAUCACAUCACUGAAUCACAAAUACUUCCGAACGCACUUGGAGGACAGCCUGUCGCUAGGACGGCCACUGUUGAUCGAAGAUGUUGGUGAGGAGUUGGACCCUGUGAUUGACAAUGUUCUCGAGAAGAAUUUCAUCAAGUCAGGAUCAAUUGAGAAAGUUGUGGUUGGAGACAAGGAGAACGAUGUCAUGCCAGGUUUUAUGUUGUACAUCACAACAAAACUACCCAACCCAGCUUACUCGCCUGAAAUUAGUGCCAAAACUUCGAUCAUUGACUUCACCGUUACAAUGCAAGGUCUGGAAGAUCAGUUGCUCGGCAGAGUGAUCUUGAUGGAAAAAGCAGAUCUAGAGGCUGAAAGGGUUGCAUUGUUCGAGUCAGUGAUGCAGAAUCAGCGCAGUAUGAAAGAGUUGGAGAGCAACCUCCUUCAUAGAUUAACAUCCACCAAAGGCUCUUUAGUUGACGAUGAAGCCCUUAUCCAAGUGCUCCAGGAAACGAAAACAACGGCCGAGGAGGUCAAUGCUAAACUUCAAGUUUCCGAGGUCACAGAAAAGAAAAUCAUGAUUGCGCGAGAGGAGUUCCGUGCGGUUGCUGCCAGAGGAUCCAUCCUGUACUUCCUAAUUGUCGAGAUGUCCAACGUGAACAGCAUGUAUCAGAACUCACUCAAGCAGUUUUUGACGCUUUUCGAUAAUUCCAUCACCAAGUCCAUGAAGAGCGUCGUCACUGAGGAACGGAUUAAUAAUAUCCUGCAGUACUUGACACUAGUAGUUUGGCAAUUCACAUUACGUAGCUUGUAUGAGAAACACAAAGUGCUGUUCACUCUAAUGCUGGCUAUGAAAAUUGAUUGCCAUCAAGGUAACAUCACACACGAUGAGUUUCUUACGUUCAUCAAAGGUGGCGCAUCCUUGGAUUUGAAUGCGGUCACCCCGAAACCUUUCCGGUGGAUCCUGGAUGUGACAUGGUUGAAUCUGGUUGAGAUUUCACGAAUUACCUACUUCUCUUCAAUUUUAACUAAGAUUAAGCAGAAUGAGCGAGAAUGGCGCGUCUGGUAUGAAAAGGAGAGACCUGAAGAAGAGGAAAUUCCCUGCGGGUACCAUAAAUCUUUGGACGUAUUCCGUAAACUGUUAUUAAUUCGGUCAUGGAGUCCCGAUCGAACCCUCUCCCAAGCAAGAAGAUAUAUUGUUGAAUCUCUGGGAACAGAGUAUGGUGAAGCAUGUAUUUUAGAUCUUGAACGAACCUGGUCCGAGUCUGAACCACGCACGCCCUUAAUUUGCAUCCUUUCAAUCGGGUCAGACCCAUCGCCGCAAGUGACAUCUCUGGCAAAGGCGAAAGAGAUCCCACUGCGAGCGGUUUCAAUGGGCCAAGGUCAAGAGCUUGCCGCACGAAAGAUGAUUGCUGACUCAAUGCAGUUUGGUGGAUGGGUACUGCUGCAGAAUAUUCAUCUGUCCUUACCCUUUUGCAAUGAGGCCAUGGAUGCACUCCUGGACACUGAAAACGUUCAUGAGACGUUUAGAUUAUGGAUGACAACGGAGGUGCACACUCAAUUUCCAAUAGGAUUGUUGCAGAUGGCGAUUAAAUUUACCAACGAGCCUCCACAAGGAAUCCGAGCAAGCAUGAGGCGAACUUACCAAAACAUUACUCAGGAUACGUUGGACUAUUCCUCACAGUCGCAGUGGCCACCAUUGCUGUAUGCUGUGGCAUUUUUGCAUACAGUUGUUCAAGAGCGCAGGAAAUUUGGACCGCUAGGUUGGAACAUUCCAUAUGAAUUCAACCAAGCUGAUUUUGCAGCUAGUGUACAGUUCAUUCAAAAUCACCUGGAUGACAUGGACCCAAAGAAAGGCAUUUCAUGGCCAACUGUCUGCUACAUGCUCGGAGAGGUUCAGUAUGGUGGACGGGUAACAGAUGACUUUGACAAACGAUUACUUGUGACCUUCACUCAUGUCUGGUUUUGUGAUGUCUUGCUUCGACCUGGCUUUGAAUUUUAUAAAGGCUACAAAGUACCUAUCACAAGAAAUUUACAAGGGUAUAUUGAUUAUAUAUCUGGCCUGCCACCAACUGAUACUCCAGAAGUGUUCGGUCUGCACUCCAAUGCGGACAUUACGUACCAAAUCAACACAGCCAAGGGUAUCCUCGAUACAAUUUUAAGUGUCCAACCCAAGGAAGGAGGAGCGCAAGGAGGCGAGUCUCGAGAGAACGUAGUAUACUCUUUAGCAAACGAUAUGCUCGAAAAAUUGCCCAAACAGUACAACAGCUUUGAGGUAAAAGAAGCCCUGCAGCGAAUGGGCGCUCUCCUGCCCAUGAACAUCUUUUUGCGGCAAGAGGUCGACAGAAUCCAAAAGGUCAUAUCUGAGGUUCAGCAAACUUUGUGUGACCUAAGACUUGCCAUAGAUGGAACGAUUGUUAUGAGUCAGGGGCUUAGAGAUGCUCUGGAUGCAAUGUAUGAUGCUAGAAUUCCUAAUAAAUGGAAAAAGGUUUCCUGGGAGUCUGCAACUCUUGGAUUUUGGUUUACCGAGCUGCUAGAGAAGGACAUUCAAUUCAGACGAUGGUGUAAUGUUGGACGACCAAACGUAUUUUGGAUGACAGGAUUUUUCAACCCUCAAGGAUUUUUGACUGCUAUGCGACAAGAAGUGACUCGUGCUCAUAAAGGCUGGGCGUUGGAUUCGGUUGUUCUCCAAAACUUGAUCACACGCCACAACAAAGAAGAGCUGAACGAUUCGCCGCCUGAGGGUGUUUACGUGCAUGGUUUAUUCUUGGAAGGUGCGAGUCUGGAUCGUCGCAGUGGCAAACUUAUAGAGUCAAAGCCAAAGGUGUUGUACGAACAGAUGCCUGUCAUUUACAUUUACGCAAUAAACACAACUGCUGGGAAAGAUCCGAAGCUGUACGAAUGUCCAAUUUACCGCAAGCCACAGAGGACGGACCAGAAGUAUGUAGGGUCCAUCGAUUUUGAGACUGAUAAUAACCCCAGGCACUGGACCUUAAGGGGUGUUGCUUUGCUUUGUGAUAUUAAGUGAAUAGUUUCAUUAUAUUCUUACCAUAAGGAAUUGUUUCAUUUUCUAAGCUUUCAUGUUGAUGCUGUAUUGCUGUUGUCGUGUAUUUCGUUUGUUGGAGGCGCGUUCACAAGGCUUGCCGAGCUGCUCAUCAGGCCGCCUGACGUGCCAUUUGAUGAGCCCUCUGCCAAGGCCUCUACCAAACAUGCUCUGCUGUCAUGGACUAAGAGGAAAAUAUUUAUUCAUUAUAAAAUAUUUAUAAAAAUAUAAAACUAUUAAAAUGUGUAUAUAUAAAUAUUUAUUUAUUAUAUUUGGACCGCGUUUAACAGAAAGGA